CUGAUGAUCCGUGAUAACGUAGUUAUCAACAAAACGAACCGGUUUCAUCGACCGCUCUCGCUUGCAAGGAAAAAGAAAUAAAGAAAUUGGUCCAGUAGCCCUGGAAGAACUGUUCUCCUGGAUUGAAUUCACAAAACAACUGUUUGUUAUUUUCUUCUCCCGUUCACUUCUCUUUGGCCCGAAACCGAGAGCUAGUGCUUGAUUCGGUCGUUUUUGGGCACCGAACACGUUCUUGGGACCGCCGCCGCCGCCCUACUUCCAGUCCCAGCUGCUCAGGUCUCCAUCGGCCUCGAGCCCUUUGCCGGCGACGAGCACUCACAACACCAGGGUGUAACAAUGUCUUCUUCAAUGGAAUCGUCAUACCUUCCUGCUACAACUGAGUCAUUAGCCCAAGCUCAAGAGGCUAAGGAUGCUUCAGAGUCCAUUUCAAUCCUUUACCGUGUCAUUCAGGACCCAUCUUCUUCUGCUGAUGCACUGAGAACAAAAGAAGUUGCAAUUACAAAUCUUACAAACUACCUCACUAAAGAAAACAGAGCUGAGGAGCUGCGUAAUCUUUUGACCCAGCUCAGACCAUUUUUUGCAGUUAUUCCUAAGGCAAAGACUGCAAAAAUUGUCCGUGGAAUAAUUGAUGCUGUCGCCAAGAUACCUGGAACAUCAGAUCUUCAGAUUUCACUCUGCAAGGAAAUGGUAGAAUGGACCCGUGCAGAGAAGCGUACUUUCCUCCGGCAACGUGUGGAGGCAAGGUUGGCAGCUCUCCUGUUAGAGAAUCAGGAGUAUACUGAAGCCCUUACCCUGCUUACUAGUCUUAUCAAGGAAGUCAGGAGACUUGAUGACAAGUUACUUCUUGUGGACAUUGACCUUUUGGAAAGCAAACUUCACUUCUCCCUGAGAAAUCUGCCAAAGGCCAAAGCCUCCUUAACUGCUGCUAGAACAGCAGCAAAUGCCAUUUAUGUUCCACCUGCUCAGCAAGGCACUAUUGAUCUCCAGAGUGGAAUCCUCCAUGCUGAAGAAAAGGAUUACAAGACUGCUUACAGCUACUUCUUUGAAGCAUUUGAAGCUUUCAGUGCACUGGAGGACCCGAAGGCCAUCUUUAGCCUGAAGUACAUGCUCUUGUGUAAGAUAAUGGUUAACCAAGCUGACGAUGUUGCAGGAAUAAUCUCGUCUAAGGCUGGCCUAAAAUAUCUGGGUCCUGAUGUUGAUGCUAUGAAGGCUGUUGCUGAUGCAUACUCUAAAAGAUCUCUCAAGUAUUUUGAAACUGCCCUUCGUGAUUAUAAGUCCCAGCUGGAGGAGGACCCUAUUGUCCACAGGCAUCUUUCUUCUCUGUAUGAUACACUGCUGGAGCAGAAUCUCUGCAGGUUGAUUGAGCCCUACUCAAGGGUGGAGAUUGCACAUAUAGCGGAGAUGAUUGAAUUGCCGAUUGACCAUGUUGAGAAGAAGCUGUCGCAGAUGAUCCUUGACAAGAAAUUUGCUGGGACACUAGAUCAAGGUGCUGGCUGCCUCAUUAUCUUUGAGGAUUCUAAGACCGAGGAAAUCUUCCCUGCCACUCUCGAAACCAUUUCGAAUGUCGGGAAGGUUGUGGACAGCCUUUAUGUGAGGUCGGCCAAGAUCAUGGCUUGAAAGCAGCUAGUCUUACCUGUUUGCUCUGAUUUCAUUUCCAGUCUGUCGAUGUCCUCAGACAUUUAUUCCUUCAAUAUUGACAGUUUAUUGUGACCGCUACAGGUUCAUGUGACCAAAGGCUAGCUAUUUUUACGACUGAAUGAGUUAUGCAUGUAUUGGUCUUUUAAUAUCAGCGUGCAGAGUCGGACGGAUGUUAUUGUGUGUUAAUUAAUCUACCAUGUUAUCGAAA